UACUCCUUUUGACCCAAGUAGGAGGCGGAAAAAGGCUCAAAAGGUUUGCUAAAGCGUCAAGCGCACGUUGUAUUUUACUCUUCAAGACGGAACAACAAAGCAAACAAUUUAUAAUCGAAAUUUGAGGAAGACCUWUUGAAAGAUGUCCAUCGGUGUACCAAUCAAAGUCCUGCAUGAGGCAGAAGGCCACAUUGUGACCUGUGAGACCAACACUGGAGAGGUGUACAGGGGCAAGCUGAUAGAAGCAGAGGACAACAUGAACUGCCAGAUGUCCAACAUCACAGUGACUUACCGUGAUGGCCGAGUUGCGCAGUUGGAACAGGUGUACAUUCGUGGCAGCAAAAUCCGCUUUCUGAUCUUACCUGACAUGUUAAAGAAUGCUCCCAUGUUAAAGAGUAUGAAGAAUAAAAAUCAGGGCUCUGGAGCAGGAAGAGGCAARGCAGCUAUUCUUAAAGCACAAGUGGCUGCAAGAGGAAGAGGCCGUGGAGGAAUCGGAAGAGGCAACAUUUUCCAAAAAAGGCGAUAACUUUCCUGUUCGGUCAUUUUUGUCAUCUUUUCAUUUGAAAUUGUUUGAUAUUCUUUGAUAUCUUGUGCUCUGUGAUUUAUCGCUUUGAUUUUAUUUUGUAUGGAAAUAAACAUAGUUCAGUUUUUCUUUUCUUC